CAAAUUAAGAAAUGAAAAAGUAACUGUAGUUUCUGGUGUGGUUUUAGAUACCAGAAAGUACAUGGAAAAUUCUCAAUAUCUUGUAAUUCCAUUUUUCUGUGGAGUUCUUGAAUCACCGUUGCUUGCUAUGAUGUCAUAAACUCAAGAAUGCAAAGAGAGGAAGGGGUCAGGAUAGAAAGAUGAUGGACUUGAAUUGUCAACACAUGAGUUCUAGGUGUCCCUGAGAUAUUUCAGUGCACAUGUCCAGAAAUGCAGUGUGGAGAAGGGGUCAGCAUUGGGAAGAGCGGUUGUAGAGUGGUGAGUGUUGGAGUCCUUGGAGUGAGACAGGGCCACCUGGAGGAGACUGGGAGAUGGACAGGGUGAAAGAGGAAGAACCAACAAAUCCAACUUGGGGAAAAGAGUCCGGGGGAGAGGAGCCGCAGCAGCGUGACAGCAUAUCACUGCCUUAUGCAUGCCUGACUUGUUCUGCCCACCACUCAGUUAAUUUGCUCAGUCCUCAGCUCCCCCAGAGAGCCACAUGUAGAGUGGUGGAACCUGAGGCACAGAGAAGUGAAGAGACUUGCACAGGUCAUAGCACUGCAGAAUCACUUUCCAUGUUUGCUCUGCUGCUGAACCUGCCUCCCCGAAGCCUGGUCUUAUGACUCCAUGUUCUGAACUGCACUCCUGGUCCUGCCCAGAAGGUCCUGCCCCUUGCUGGAAAAACAACAAAAGGACAUUAAGGAGCCACCCAGAGAGCCCCAGAAGGGUUGAGACAGCCGGGUCCAGGGAGAAAAGCUGCAUCUGAGGCAGCUGAGGAUCAACAGCUGUGAGACAGCUUUGACCAUAAAACUGACCCAGAAGACUCCGGCUCCCAGAGCCACAUUAUAAAUUCCAUUCUGUACCAUAAGCCCAGUGAGAUUGGUCUUUGCAAUUUACACUCCCUCCUCCUAGCUGUCCAAAGCUGUCUGCUUUUCUCAAGGUGGAGUGGACACCCUCAAUAUUUGCCUGCUCCUUCCUAGUCAAAUGUGAUUUUUGAAAUGGAAUGAGGCUGAACAGGCAUCUCCCUCCUGCUGUGCGGACCUGAGAGAGGACUGGGAUGGUCUUGAGUGCACGUAACUAGAAGCCGGUUGCAGCCAUGAGUUCAGAUGAGAAGGCCGUAUCCCCUGCUCAUAAAACAUCCACGCCAACCCAUAGAAGUGCCUCCUCUUCCACAUCCUCCCAGAGGGAGAGUAGGCAGAGUAUCCACAUCCUGGAAAGAACUGCUUCCUCAAGCACCGAGCCCUCUGUAAGCCGGCAGCUGCUAGAACCAGAGCCAGUGCCCCUCUCCAAGGAAGCUGACAGCUGGGAAAUUAUAGAAGGGCUGAAAAUAGGCCAAACCAAUGUCCAGAAACCAGACAAACAUGAAGGCUUUAUGCUGAAGAAAAGAAAAUGGCCUUUAAAAGGCUGGCACAAGCGGUUUUUUGUCCUGGAUAAUGGAAUGUUAAAGUAUUCAAAGGCACCACUUGAUAUUCAAAAAGGGAAGGUGCACGGGAGCAUAGAUGUCGGACUCUCGGUCAUGUCAAUCAAAAAGAAAGCUCGGAGAAUAGACCUGGACACAGAGGAGCACAUCUAUCAUUUGAAGGUGAAAUCCCAGGACUGGUUUGAUGCCUGGGUUUCCAAACUGCGCCACCAUCGGUUGUAUCGGCAGAAUGAGAUUGUGCGGUCACCAAGAGAUGCGGGUUUUCACAUAUUUCCAUCAACCUCCACAGCUGAGUCUUCCCCAGCUGCGAACGUUUCAGUUGUGGAUGGGAAGAUGCAACCAAACAGCUUUCCUUGGCAGUCCCCUUUGCCGUGCAGCAACAGCCUUCCUGCUGCCUGCACGACUGGCCAGAGCAAAGUUGCAGCCUGGUUACAGGACUCGGAAGAAAUGGACAGGUGUGCAGAAGAUCUUGCACACUGCCAGUCAAACCUCGUGGAACUUAGCAAACUCCUGCAAAAUUUGGAAAUACUACAGAGAACUCAGUCGGCACCUAACUUCACCGACAUGCAGGCUAACUGUGUAGAUAUUUCAAAGAAAGACAAGCGGGUCACAAGACGAUGGAGAACAAAAAGUGUCAGCAAAGAUACAAAAAUACAACUACAGGAAGGGCCACCUGCGAAAGGCCAGUUCAGCACAACUCGGCGCCGACAGAGGCUAGCAGCAGCAGUGGCUACAACAGUCCCUUUCAGUGCUACCAUGUCACCCGUGCGCUUGCACUCCUCCAACCCCAACCUUUGUGCAGAUAUUGAAUUUCAGACUCCCCCCAGCCACCUCGCUGACCCUCUGGAAAGUUCAACGGAUUAUACAAAGUUGCAAGAGGAAUUUUGUCUAAUUGCACAGAAAGUGCAUUCUCUUUUGAAGUCCGCCUUUAACAGCAUAGCUAUAGAGAAAGAGAAGCUGAAGCAGGUGGUUGCUGAGCAGGAUCACAGCAAAGGCCACAGCACACAGAUGGCCCGGCUCCGACAGUCACUGUCGCAGAGUGAAGGAGCAAGCAAACCCUGGGCACUCAACCAGAAUGCUGAACUAAGGAGUCGCUUGAACAGAAUACAUUCAGAGUCUAUUAUUUGUGAUCAGGUUGUCAGUGUAAAUAUUAUUCCUAGCCCUGAUGAGGGUGGUGAGCAAAUCCAUGUCAGUCUCCCUCUGUCACAGCAAGUAGCCAAUGAGAGCCGCCUCUCCAUGUCGGAGUCUGUGUCUGAGUUCUUUGAUGCGCAAGAGGUGCUCCUCUCUGCCAGUUCAUCAGAGAAUGAGGCUUCCGAUGAUGAGUCUUACAUCAGUGACGUGAGUGAUAACAUCUCUGAAGACAACACCAGUGUCGCGGACAAUAUUUCUCGGCAAAUCCUGAAUGGGGAGCUGACAGGAGGGGCUUUCCGAAACGGACGUCGCACGUGCCUGCCAGCUCCGUGUCCUGACACUAGUAACAUUAACCUGUGGAAUAUCUUGAGGAACAACAUUGGUAAAGACCUGUCUAAAGUCUCUAUGCCUGUGGAGCUCAACGAGCCGCUCAACACCCUGCAGCAUCUGUGUGAGGAGAUUGAGUACAGCGAGCUUCUGGACAAGGCGUCGGAAACGGAUGACCCGUAUGAGCGCAUGGUUCUCGUUGCUGCAUUUGCAGUUUCAGGAUACUGCUCCACCUAUUUCAGAGCAGGAAGUAAGCCAUUCAACCCAGUCCUCGGGGAGACUUAUGAGUGCAUUAGGGAAGACAAGGGAUUCCGAUUUUUCUCAGAACAGGUUAGCCAUCAUCCACCCAUUUCUGCCUGUCACUGUGAAUCAAAGAAUUUUGUGUUUUGGCAAGAUAUCAGAUGGAAGAACAAGUUCUGGGGAAAGUCGAUGGAAAUCCUGCCUGUGGGGACGCUCAAUGUUAUGCUCCCAAAGUAUGGAGACUACUAUGUGUGGAAUAAAGUCACCACCUGUAUACACAACAUCCUCAGUGGGAGAAGAUGGAUAGAACAUUAUGGAGAAAUAACCAUUAGAAAUACCAAAAGCAGUGUUUGCAUUUGCAAGCUGACAUUUGUCAAGGUGAAUUACUGGAAUUCUAACGUGAAUGAAGUCCAGGGAGUUGUGAUGGACCAGGAGGGGAAGGUGGUGCACCGGCUGUUUGGGAAGUGGCAUGAAGGGCUGUACUGCGGCGUGGCCCCCUCUGCCAAGUGCAUCUGGAGACCAGGUUCCAUGCCGACCAACUACGAGCUCUACUAUGGUUUCACAAGGUUUGCUAUUGAACUUAACGAGUUAGAUCCUGUGCUGAAAGAUCUCCUCCCACCAACAGAUGCGCGAUUCCGGCCAGAUCAAAGAUUUUUGGAAGAAGGAAAUUUAGAAGCUGCUGCAGCAGAGAAACAAAGAGUAGAGGAACUGCAGAGGUCUCGGAGACGGUACAUGGAAGAAAACAACCUUGAACACAGACCAAAAUUUUUUAAGAAAGUUAUUGAUGCCAAUCAAAGAGAAGCCUGGGUUUCUAACGACACCUACUGGGAACUCCGAAAGGACCCUGGGUUUAGUAAAGUAGACAGCCCUGUUCUUUGGUAAACUGGGAACAUAGAGCUAGCCAACAUAUCACACUCUGAAUGAUUAAAUAACUAUGCACAAUUAUGUUUCUUAUAGCUACACGUGGUUUCUGGGUCGACUGAAAACCUACCAUUUGCUUUUCUAUUUCAUCUUUAUAAUGGACUUUCAGAAGUGCAUUAGACAAGGCCCCUGACCACUUUUGGAUCCUUUCUGUUUUGCUGCAACCAUAUUCCUUAAGAAAAAUAAAACAUCCACACCCUCCUCGGAGAGCAGAAUAAAAGGAGCAGGAUAUAAAAUCCAAAGUCUGAAGAGUUUGCAAAGAAAAACAAACUGUACCUGGUGCUUAACGCUGAUCAGAGAGUUAAAACAACACUACAAACCACGCGCUCGGUCCGUCGUCUGGAAGCACCAUCCCCCCGUCUGGUCUGUCGUAAGAGCUCGUGGGCCACAGCGGUCGGUUAGUUCAGACUUCAGGUGUGUCUGUUGAUGUGACGUGCUUGUGCUGGCCUUGUCAAAAAAAGACGUGAUGCUUCUCAGAGCCUGUCCCAUCUGUCUGCCAUUGUUCAUGCCUUAAGAAAUGCAAAUAUGUACAAUAAAUCAUUUUUAAACUGUGUGCCCAUAGAUUUAUGUGAAGGACAGACCUUUUGAAUCACAGCAUGAUUCGCUUUCUCAGUCGGAACAUGUAUGGGUCUAGCUGAAAUGACUUUCUGAAAGUAAGCGACACAGGCUUGACGUCAGUGAGCUGGUGUCCUGUCAUUGACAUGAAAGGCAAGAAAGAAAAGGUGUGCAAAACAGAUCUCUGUAUUCAUGUUGUUUAAGUUCUGUCCUGCGUCCCGAUAAUAAACCGUCCCUCUUCCACCUCA